UGAAGCAUUAAAAGAAGUUAAUAAUACACGACAGAAGUAUGGUAGAGUGCAAGGUAUUAUAAGAAAAGCACUCGACAUAGCGAUUGCAACUAAUUCAUACAAUAAAUGGAUCGGUAUUUGUCAUGAAUUUAUAUUAGAUAAAGAAAACAAAGGAUUAGAUAUAAUGACAGAUGAUAUUGAAUGCAAUAUUAAGAAUCUUGUUAUUAGCAUAUGA